CGCGAUCACGAAUUUGGCCAUGAUCUCUAGCAAGGUCUAGAGACUGGGACCACGGCGUCGCGGUUUCCUGGCAACCGCGCGGCGCUGUGGGAGUGGCGCAGGCGCUCUCAGAAGCUGCCGCACCGCCAGAGGCAAGUUCAAAGUUACUUCUUGAAUGUGUUGAGUUUAUGGGAACAACCAUCCAUUAUCUUUAUAAGCUCCAUGGACUCCUACGGCCUUCGACUCUGUCUCUUCCUCCGAGAAGAGAAACUAUUUUUUUUUUUUGACAGUUUCCCCUCCUCUACAUGUGGCCGUCUACGGCCGCCGCGAACCUAGGCUUUUUGACCUGUGCAGGAAUCCGUAGAAUGUCACCGGCCGCGCCGCUUUGGGCGGAAGUGUCAUGGCUGCGCCUGUGUGCAGCCACGGGGUUCUGUCCUAAGGAUUGUCCACAGCACGGUGCUCUCUUUUAGGAAGAAGUUAAGUUUUGUUGCAUCUUGAGUAUUUGAAAGUGUGCCAGAGGAUAGCAAAAUGAAUAACAAAGCACAUUCCUUGUUAUGGAACAUCAGACAACUGAGUACUUCACUUCCAAGAAGCAGAGUUUUGAGGAUCUGUCCUCUGGGAUUUGGCAGACCAGAAGUAGUUCAUUCACAAUGGAACCCAAGAAACGGUCUGCUAACUGGUUUUGAUGAGGGACUGCGACCGUCUGUCAGAUACCUCUUUCAGGGUAUUUCAAAAUCGGUAGAUGGUUGUACUCACACUAGCAUAAGCCGUGCAGCUGUCUUUAAACGUGACAGAGUACUUUGUCCUAGAAGAUUUUCCUCUGAUUCAGAACAUUCUCUUGUCUCUGAUGGGACAUCUGAUCGUGAUUUAAUGAAAGUAAACUUCCAUCCUACCUCCAGUGAAGAUGUGCUCACCAGGAAAACGAGACCAACCUCUGUGAAUCAUAAAAAGCUGGCCCAGGAGUGUAACUCUUUGAGUGAUGUGCUGGAUACAUUUUCAAAAGCACCUACGUUCCCUGGCAGUAGCUAUUUCUUAGCGAUGUGGACAAUUGCCAAAAGGGUAUCUGAGGACAAACGGCGCUUUGAAAUACAGCUGAUGUUCAGCCACCCUGCCUUCAGCCAGCUGUGUUGUGAGCAGCUGAUGAGAGAAGCCAAGAUUAUGCACUAUGACCACCUUCUGUUCUCUCUUAAUGCGAUAAUGAAGCUUGGCGUCCCUCAGAACACUCUUAUGGUACAGACGGCUGCUGAGGACGAUUCAGGUAAUGAGCGCAUCAAUGAGUGUGACGAGAGAUGUCUUUCAAUUUUGUCAACCGUUUUAGAGACGUUGGAGCCCUGCAUGAAUGUGAAUGCGCUUCGAGCAGGGCUCAGAAUCCUAGUUGAUCAGCAAGUUUGGAAGAUAGAACAUAUCUUCACAUUACAAACAGUGAUGAAAUGUAUCGGGAAAGACACACCAUUUGCUCUUAAGAAGAAAUUGGAGAUGAAAGCCUUGAAGGAGUUGGACAGAUUUUCUGUCUUGAAUACCCAGCACAUGUUUGAAGUACUAGCUGCCAUGGAUCACCGCUCUGUUGUCCUUCUGAAUGAAUGCAGUAAGGCGGUCAUAGAUAAUAUCCACGGGUGUCCUUUUAAAGUCUUGAUCGGCAUACUGCAGUCCUGCAGAGACCUCCGGUACCAAAAUGAAGAUCUCUUCAAGAGCAUAGCAGAUUAUGUGGCUACAACUUUUGAAAUUUGGAAGUUGAAACAAGUUAUCUUUUUCCUCAUGUUAUUUGAAAACCUUGGUUUUCGACCUCCUGAAUUGAUGGACAAGCUUAUGGAGAAAGUAGUGGAGGACCCUGGGUCUCUAAACAUGAAGAACAUUGUUUCUAUCCUUCACGUGUGUUCUUCUCUCAAUCACAUCCACAGAGGCCAGAACAGAGAGUUCCUAGAAGCUAUGGCGAGUGCUCUGACUGUUCGUCUUCACCACAUCUCCUCUGAAAACCUGUUGAGUGUUGUGUAUUCGUUUUGCCUGAUGAAUUAUUUCCCCCUGGCCCUCAUUAACCAGCUUACCAAAAAGACCAUCAUCAGUGAACUGCUGACUUCAGGUGACGCAGAGAAGAAUAUUCAUAAGCUUCAUGUUCUGAAUACUUGUCUGAAACUUGAUGGAAAUGCUCAUUACAAAGCUGUCCACAUCCCGUUGCCACAGCUGCCACGGUCACCGUCCCAUCCCAAUGACAGGGUGGCGGAGGUGCUCAGCAACCUUUGGGAGGGCGAAGGAUACUUCUCGAGAAAUGUGCAGCUGCCACAUAAUUAUCACAUUGAUUUUGAAAUCAGAAUGGAUAAUAACAGGACCCAAGUAUUUCCAUUUUCUGAUGUAGAUGCACCUUCUGCCCCAAACAUGCAGAGAGUAGCAGUGCUGUGUGUUCCUAAGUCUGUUUAUUGUUUGAAUUCAAACCACCCCAGAGGAUUGUUGGCUAUGAAAAUUCGACAUUUGAAUGCCAUGGGUUUCUAUGUGAUCUUGAUCCAUAACUGGAAGCUGAGAAAACUAAGGAUGGAGGAUGCAGUAGCAUUUGUGAAGACAAAGAUCUAUUCAGAUGAAACUCUUCCCACCACUGACACAACUGUGUAAAGCAUGGAUUAAAGCAAACACGAACCUCUUCACACUGAAGCACACACAUUUGUGAAAAUGACUUCAAUAAAGGCUGUAAUUCAGUUAUCAGUGCAUGAGCUGGCUGUAACAGUGUUAUUUCCGGUCAGGUUAAAGAUGACCUGAAGAAUGGAAGCUGUGUGGACACUGGUGUUUCAGAAUACACUGAAAACAUUUCAGAAGAGUCCUGCUGUAUGAUGUCUUUUUGUACGCUGUGAAUAUGUGUUGCUCUUUAAAAGUAGAUUCAAUAAUCUACCCUUUUAUCCUAUCAUAGAAAGAGAUUGCAUUUAUAAUCAACCCCCUUUAAAUAAAAAAUAAACAUUUAUAAACAGUA